AUGCUGCUGUCAGGAAAGUUCGCGUUUAUUAUUUCUAUGAGUCUGAUUGAAUGCACCGAACGCAAAGCUGGUCUGGUCGUUCUGCCGCCAUUGGUCAUUGGCUAUGAGGAUCUGAUUGCUGAAGAUACGCAGGAGAGCAUCAAAAAAUUGGACACAAGCUUUCUGGACACGGUAAUGGAAGGCGACACAAUGGAUACGGAAGUUCUAAAAGGAAAAGGGAACGUCAACGGCGCAAAUCGUAUGCCACGUAAUGAAAUUGGCUUUGGUCCUCAA